AUGCGCCUAUCCACUCUCAUCCCUUUUCUCGCUCUGGCUCUCGUCAGCGCAGCAGCAGCCCUAACAACUGACCAACUCCUCACCAUCUCACCCAACUCCUUAUCCUGCGCCAACGCGCCCGCCGCCGGUGAAUGCGCGACCGCAGCCGACGCCGUCCCCAUCAUCAACGAUGUUUUUACUAGCUACCUAAUUUACAGUCCGGGCGAGCAGGCCGCGCUGCUCAGUUUGAUGGCGUUUGAGACUGGCGAUUUCAAGUACAAUCGGAACCAUUUCCCUGGGGUUGCGGGGCAGGGCACGCGCAAUAUGCAAUCCCCCUCCUUUAACAAACAAUACGCGUCGUCGAUCCCCGAAAUCAAGGACCGCGUCAACAACAACGUCAGCGCAACCCUCGAUCUGCUCUUGUCGCGCGCACACUGGGAUUUUGGCUCGGCCGCGUGGUUUCUCACGACGCAGUGUUCAGAGGAAGUGCGUUUGGGACUGUUACAGGGCUCGCAGGCUGGGUGGGAAGCUUAUAUCUCGGGGUGUGUGAAUACGACGGUGACCGAGGAGCGCAGGGCGUAUUGGAAGCGUGCUGUGGAUGUACUUUUUUGA